AUGAAAACCUUUUCAAAAAAGCACAUCGUACGGAAAUGGAUAGUGAGUGGAAUAAAAACAGAUGGCUUCAAUUUAAUCAACGAGUUCUCUGUUCUUUCAGAUCGCCUAAUGCUAUUAUGGCUGCUUUUGGGCACAGUCACGGCAUCGGAAAUAGUCUAUCCAGAUAUAGCCGCAGUCUGCAGGAUUUCCGAUCCCUUUCAAAGUCUGCCCCAUAAGGACAAUUGCCAAAGGUUCUAUGUUUGCACUGGCGACGAGGAGGUGCCCGUCCAGGAGUUUAGCUGUCCGGCAGAGUAUCAUUUUAGCAAGAAGCUGAUGAUUUGUGUGCCCGGAUCCUGCUCCAAUGAAUCCUCCUUUUGCGGACUAACCAACAGUGUACAGCGAAUCAAUGGCGAUUGCUUGCGAUACAGACAGUGUCUAAAGGGCGGCUCCUACGCCGUGGCCAAGUGUUCCGCCGGAAACUACUUCGAUCCGCGGAGGAGAGCCUGCCUUCCAGUGGCCAUAACUGCCGCUCAUCAGUGCAGCUGUGUGCUGCCUGAGAAUGCCACCCUGUCCAAUCCCAGCGAUUGCGAGACCUACUUCCGCUGUCAUUCCGGGCAGGCUGAGCUGGUGCAGUGUCCGUCGGGAGCGUACUUCAACGCGCAGGCGGGCACCUGCCUGCCGGAUCUCACGGGCAUUUGCCUGGAGAAGCCCACAAUGCCGCCACAGCUGACGGAACAGGCUCUCGCCAUGGACGAGUGCAUCCGGACGGGCAGCCGCCUGGCGCCGCACAGCCGGGAUUGCCAGCGAUACUAUGUGUGUGCCAGGAAGCGGGUGCUCGAGAUGCGAUGUCCCCGAGGUCAGUACUUCGAUGUCGUUCGGCGUUACUGCAGUUUUGAUUCGAGGAGCGAGUGCCAAGCAACUGAGGUGGUGAAGGAAAAGCAGGAGCAGGAACAGCAGCCGAAGAAAGAAGUGGUCGAGGUGGACAUGCCAGUCAAAAGUGAGGUGGAGAUGGAGCUGAUCGCGCCGGUUCAGAAAAAUUCCGAAAAAGAAAUGGAACAUUUCGAAGAAAAACCAGAGACGGAGGCCAUUGCCAAACAGCCGCAGACUCCAGCGGAGGCAGUGAACAGCUACGACAAGUUUUCGUCCAAGUUCAUUUCAUUAUAA